ACGGCAACGGCAACAACGCUUUGUUUUUUUCGUUAGCAGAUAAUGACAAAAUCGCUCCCGAGUUUGUUCACAACAAAAACGGUAGGAAUAUUUGUCUCGUUUUAUGCACAUCGUGAUUUUUGCAUUGUUUUACAACUGAAACUCGACUCUGGGGUUUUCAAGAGUCUUAAUUCGUCCAAAUGCUUAUGAAUUCGAUGAUGUGGGUCGAAAAUUUCAGCAGAAAAGCCGGAAUAUCGGCACACGAACGGCAAGCGAUGUUUGUUUUAUUGCUCUUAUCGCCUGACAUGCGUUUGUUGCGGAGCGCCUUUGUUACCAACAUGCACCGCUUAGGACAAAGCGUUUGUUUUUUGGCGUGAUCCGUUUUUCGUACCCUGCAUAUUUAUCAUAUACCACAAGUUGUGAGGCCAUUUAUGAAGACUUUCAAAUAAGGUAUCUGAAAUUAUACAUCGAAAUGCAAUUCUUUACAUUUAGGAUGCCGCAAAUUUUAUAAUUCCCCAUUGUGCGUUUGUUUGGCGAAAUUUACUCACACCCAUCGUAGACCUAGACCAUGCAUCUAGACCUAGUUCACAACAGAUCCAAAUAUCAAACGAACAUAAAAAAUGCUCCAAAAAUAAGUGACAUUGAUCAUCUGUGCAACCCAUAUUUAUAAAUCAAAGGUAUUACAUAACAAUUAAUUUAACUUCACGUUCAACUUAAUCAACCAUUACAAUACCCACUUCCUUCUUUGCUUAUGAUCAACAUGAGGAUAAGCAUGAAAGAGAGUGUACAAACACAAAAUACGUACAAAAAAAAUCCGUUGAGCCAUGCAUGCCGCAUGGUAAUGGUUUGAUGGCAUCGAUGUGGGGACACAUGCGCCUCGGAACAAAAAUUUCUCUCUUCUCAGUUCGACUACGACAACGGUUCCGUGCGGUUCGAUUAUCAUAAAAACGGUCAUAAGCGUACGGGUUUCAGGCGAUCGCAUUUUGGUAAAAGUUAAAAAGCUGAAACAAGACGAUCGAUUAACGUUGCGAAAUGUGGUGCUCAUUUCGACACCUGCGGGGUCCUGCUGGGGUCCUGUUUUCACUGAGUCUCGUUUGUGGUGCCAUAAUUUUCCCAAGAGUUCCGGAUGUACUUAAUCCACCUGUUCCAGAUAGUGUUGAUCUCAUCGAGCAAUCUGCCGCUCUGCAAGAUGGAGAACAAGAUCCAGAAGUUACGCCGGGUCUAUUUCAAGGGGACAUGGCCAUGGAUAAUCGAAUGUACAAGUAUUGGAGAGUAGGGCUCAAGUGGGAUGUUUUUCCGGAACGUAAAUGGCCCAAUGGAACGGUGCCGUAUGCCAUAAGUCCUUUAUACGAUAUUGAUGAUCAAGUGACGAUACUUCAAGCAAUCAGAACGUUGAAUUUUAUGACGUGCGUGCGAUUUGUACAGUGGAACGGAAAAGACAAGGAUUUCCUGUUAAUUUGGCCAACCAAGUACCCCAAAGGAUGUUGGAGCUACGUGGGGAAAACUGGUGGAACCCAAAUCGUAUCUUUACAGCCACCGGAUCAUCAAAGUGUGAAUUGUUUGGGAAAUGAAGGUCGUGCCAUACAUGAGCUGAUGCACGCACUGGGUCUGUUUCAUGAGCAAUCUCGAGCCGAUCGUGAUCGGUUUGUGAAGAUCAAUUGGGAUAAUAUUAUUCCAGCAUUCAAAUCCAACUUCGAGAAGCAAUCGCUGAAGAACACCACCUACAACUUCGAGUACGACUACAACAGCAUCAUGCACUACGGACGGAGCUACUUCAGCGUCGGCAAGGGCAAACAAACCAUCGAACCGAAAAUGCCUGGGGUCAAGAUUGGGCAGCGUCAAGCUAUGAGCAAAACGGACUGCCUGAAGAUAAACGAUUUGUACGGCUGUUUGGACAACCCUCGGUUGACGAAAAAGUACUACAAUCUGUGUAAGACGCUUGGCAUUUAGACGAGGGUUGGUAAUUAGGAGGGAAUUGGAGCAUGUGCCAUUUACAGGAAUGUUGUGUUUGUUAGAAAUAAAGCGGAAACAUAAUUAAUGUAAAGUGUGAACUGAUAUUUAUUUCUCUUCUUUGUUUUAUUUUCCAUCGAGGAACUACAUGGUUUGUUGCUACAUAAUACACUGGAAUGUCACCGCUCUUGUACUGAACGGAUCAAUCCGAACAAAAGCCUUCAAAUUACAGUUCUUGUUUUUAUUGUUUCAUUUGUUAUUUCCAGAUUUUGGUAAAUGAUUGCCUUUUCAAAUUAAAACUUCAAACUAUUCAAACCGAUUGUUAUAAACGUGAUACUCGACUGAUGCUCUAUAUCACAGCAAUUAAGAUUUGUAAGUAUUUUCUCGAGUUCCUUCGGUGCGCGAUCGUUUUCAAAUGAAUUGAUUUUGUUCAACUUCGGAGGGCAGAAAUUCACUUUCUCUUAUCUAAAUUUGUAAAAAUCAACUGAAAAACGUAAUUGGUCCGUUUUUUUA